UCGAGCUCGUGCAGUCCGCUCAGGAAGAUCCAGGACGGUCCGGGAGGGCCCGGAAGACCCGGCCGCGGUGGCGGAGGGACUGAAGCGCUGCCGCUUUCAUGCUGGCGGGGAGCUGGAAACCUGCUUCCUCAAGUGUGAUUGAGGGUAUCGUGAGGGAAAACCCAAAACAAAAAGGGCCAAGCGAUUCCUUGAGAAGAGAGAACCCAAGCUGAGUGAAAAUAUUAAAAAUGCCAUGCUGAUUAAAGGGGGAAAUGCUAAUGCCAUAGUGACACAAGUUCUCAAAGAUGUGUAUGCACUGAAAAAACCAUAUGGCGUUCUAUAUAAAAAGAAAAAUAUUACAAGACCAUUUGAGGAUCAGACAUCACUGGAAUUUUUUUCAAAGAAGUCAGAUUGUUCUCUAUUCAUGUUUGGCUCCCAUAAUAAGAAGCGGCCAAAUAAUUUAGUAAUAGGUCGUAUGUAUGACUACCAUGUGCUGGAUAUGAUUGAAUUAGGUGUUGAGAAGUUUGUGUCUCUAAAGGAUAUUAAGAACAGUAAAUGUCCUGAGGGAACAAAACCCUUGUUGGUGUUUGCUGGUGAUGAUUUUGAUGUAACAGAAGACUAUCGAAGACUAAAAAAUCUUCUUAUUGAUUUUUUCAGAGGCCCCACAGUAUCAAAUAUCCGCCUGGCUGGAUUGGAGUAUGUUCUGCACUUCACUGCACUGAAUGGGAAGGUUUACUUCCGAAGUUAUAAGCUGUUGUUGAAGAAAUCUGGCUGCAGAACACCACGGAUUGAAUUGGAGGAGAUGGGGCCGUCAUUGGAUCUGGUUCUGAGGAGGACACACCUGGCCUCAGAUGAUCUUUAUAAACUGUCUAUGAAAAUCCCCAAAGCUCUCAAGCCAAAGAAGAGAAAAAAUAUCUCUCAAGAUACUUUUGGUACAACUUAUGGAAAGAUUCACAUGCAGAAACAGGACCUAGGCAAACUGCAAACCAGGAAAAUGAAGGGAUUGAAGAAGCGACCUGCAGAAAAGAUAACAGAAGACCAGGAGAUAAACCCCAAGAGAAUUAAAAAAAAAUGAAUAGAACUUGGCCAAAAGUCCAGUCUUAUUGUGUAUUUACUUAAGAGAUCUGUCAUGCUCAGUCCAUUCCGUUUCUUAAAUGUUUGGUUUUUUUUUUGUCUGUUGUGGGGCUUAAACUCUGGGUCUGGGUGUUGUCCCUGAGUUCUCCAGCCUAAGUGCUCUACCACUGGAGCCACAGCGCCACUUCCAGUUUUCUGGUGGUUAA